UUCAUAAUCAGGUCCACAUCAGUGAGGAAAUGAGUUGGCAUUCUCUGUGUGAAAGAUAAAGCUUGGUUAGAUGAAAGUGUUUAUGUUGUGUCAACAUAAUGAAGUGGUGUUCAAAAUCUGAUUUUGUUCCUUUUCGUAUUUAAUGCAGAUUUUUAUUUUGUUUUUUCUUGACAGGAUUGGCUUGCAAGGGGACGUAUCAGACAAGAGAACGCAAAGUUUCCUUCACAUCCUUGAUGUGCUGCCAAGACUAAAUAAACUGCCAAAAUACAUCCUUCUGGAAAAUGUUAAAGGCUUCGAGAGCUCCUGUGCCAGGAACGCAUUGGUGGAAACAUUAAAGCGCUGCAGCUACAGAUACCAGGAGUUCCUCCUGUCGCCGACAUGUCUGGGCAUUCCCAAUUCAAGACUGAGGUACUUUUUGAUUGCAAAAGCCGAACCCGAGGAAUUCAGCUUUAAGACAACAGAGCAGGUCCUGGAGGUUAUCCCAUGUCCAGACGUCGUCAGUCCUGCAAAGCAGGGGGACCCUCCGACAGUCAGUGACGAGCCCGGCAGGCAGUCACACGAAGGGAAGUCCAUCCUUUUCAAGAUGGAAACUGCUGAGCACCUGGCACGGAAACAGAGCCAAGACAGCGACGCGUCUGUGCAGAGGCUGCAGGGCUUUUUAGAAGAGGACGGCAUCGAUGGCACCCAGUAUCUGCUUCCCCCAAAGGUGCUCUUGCGAUAUGCCAUGCUGAUGGACAUCGUCACUCCGGUGUGCAGGAGAUCGGGAUGCUUUACAAAGGGUUACGGACACUAUGUGGAGGGCACCGGGUCUGUCCUGCAGUCUUCGCUGGAUGUGGAGAUGGCCGCCGUAUUCAAGUCGCUGGAUUCCUUGUCAGAUGAAGAGAAGGUCCGCCAACUCUUGCAGCUGAGGUUGCGUUACUUCACUCCAAGAGAAAUCGCCAACCUUCAUGGAUUUCCUGCACAUUUCUGUUUUCCCCAGAAGACGACACUAAAGCAGCGAUAUCGACUCUUAGGGAACAGUUUAAACGUGCGGCUGGUCGGCCGGCUCCUUCAGCUCAUGGCGGAGUGAAGCUCGAGGGGCCGCCACUUUUAACAUGGCGCUCUUUCGUUUUCUAAUAAAGAUGUCCUCGUUGUCCUGGUG